AUGCAUUGGGGUGUUGUGUUCUUGACCACCUGUGUAAUUGCUGUGUUCUUACAUGAAGCACAAGGCCUUGGUGAUGGUGGUAUUGGACUUUCGCUCAGGAAAAAAGCCGAAUUGGCAAGCAAGCUUAACUCCAGAUUUCACUUCGGAAUAAACAGCGGUGACCCUGAAGACGGUGACGAUUUCGAUGAGGACGGAGAAGAUGGAGCAGAUGGAGGAGACGGAGGAGACGGCGGAAUGGGAGGGUUUGGUGGGUUUGGUGGAGAUGGGGGGCGCGGAGGAGAUGGAGGAGACGGGGGAGACGGCGGAGACGGCGGGGAUGGAGGGGAUGGAGGAGAUGGAGGAGAUGGAGGAGAUGGAGGCGACGGAGGUUGCUUCGUUCUCACGUUGCACCAAGCUGAUGGUAGAGGAAGAAUGUCACUGGACAGUUCUGCCAAACUUGAGAAGAAACUGAAAACGAAGGGAGAACUCCGCAAAAGGUUGAGUUUUGGAGGGGACGACGAUAGUGAUCCCGAAAGCUCUGACAGUGGCAGGCGGCGAUCUAGCAAACGCAGAGGCGGGAGUGGAGGCGAUGGUGGAGCUGGCAUCGGAAUUGGAAUAGGAGGCGAUGGAGGCGAUGGCAGCGACGGAGGGGACGGAGGAGAUGGUGGAGCUGGCAUCGGAAUUGGAAUAGGAGGCGAUGGAGGCGAUGGCAGCGACGGAGGGGACGGAGGAGAUGGUGGAGCUGGCAUCGGAAUUGGAAUAGGAGGCGAUGGAGGCGAUGGUGGAUUGAAUGGCGACGGUGGCGAUGGAGGACCUGGUAUAGGAGUCGGAGUCGGUGGUCGAGGUGGAGAUGGCGGCAAUGGAGGCAGCGGAGGAGCCGGCGUAGGAGUUGGAGUAGGUGGCUCCGGUGGUGAUGGCGGACUGAAUGGCAAUGGUGGUGACGGAGGAGCUGGUAUAGGGGUCGGAAUCGGAGGUCCAGGUGGAGUUGGCAGCAGCGGAGGCGGCGGAGGCGACGGCGGACCUGGCAUAGGAGUCGGAGUAGGUGGUUCUGGUGGUGAUGGUGGACUAAAUGGCAACGGCGGAAAUGGAGGGUCCGGCACAGGAGUUGGUAUCGGAGGAUCAGGUGGUAAUGGAGGGCUGUCCGGCAACGGAGGAAAUGGAGGAUCCGGCACUGGAGUUGGGGUGGGAGGAUCAGGUGGUAAUGGUGGGGUUUUCGGCAACGGCGGAAAUGGAGGGUCCGGCACAGGAGUUGGUAUCGGAGGAUCAGGUGGUAAUGGAGGGCUGUCCAGCAACGGAGGAAAUGGAGGAUCCGGCACUGGAGUUGGUGUGGGAGGAUCAGGUGGUAAUGGAGGUCUAAACGGCAACGGUGGAAAUGGAGGAUCUGGCAUAGGAGUUGGAGUAGGAGGAUCAGGUGGUAAUGGAGGGGUUUUCGGCAACGGCGGAAAUGGAGGGUCCGGCACAGGAGUUGGUAUCGGAGGAUCAGGUGGUAAUGGAGGGUUAAACGGCAACGGUGGAAAUGGAGGAGCUGGCGUAGCAGUUGGAAUAGGAGGAUCAGGUGGUAAUGGAGGGUUUUUCGGCAACGGCGGAAAUGGAGGGUCCGGCACAGCAGUUGGAGUAGGAGGAUCAGGUGGCAAUGGAGGGUUAAACGGCAACGGUGGAAAUGGAGGAGCUGGCACAGCAGUUGGAAUAGGAGGAUCAGGUGGUAAUGGAUUGUUUUUCGGCAACGGCGGAAAUGGAGGAUCUGGUACAGCAGUUGGAGUAGGAGGAUCAGGUGGUAAUGGAGGGUUUUUCGGCAACGGCGGAAAUGGAGGGUCCGGCACAGGAGUUGGAAUAGGAGGACAAGGAGGCAAUGGCGGGGGAACAAUAAUUAUUCCUGGAUGA